AUGAUACGGUGUAACCACCAGGGCAGUAACUACAUCCAAGAACGCCCGGCCGAAGUCAGCUGGACUAAUCCUCUACCCCGUUGUGCAUUGUUCUACAGCCAAGAUCCCUUGGUAGUAAAUAUCUACCGAAUCUUCGAGAUACAACAUACAGGUAUCCAGCAAAACAGUCAGUCGCCGCCGUCUUGGCCGGAGAAAAUCCCUCAGCGACAAAACAAGCCUAAGCAUCGGGAUAUCGUCAUAAAGAAAUCUAAAUGCGCCCCUGACAGCGUGACAGCGCCACGCCCCUCACAGACGACACCUCCGAUAAGAAGCACGACCCUGGAUUUCACAUUGCAACAUACAUACUCCUGUGCAUGCUUGUCCUGUCCACUUCGUACGAAAUACAUGCACACUGCCCCCGCCAAGACGCAAGCACAACAAGCAUUAUCAACAAGCACCCUUGCGCUUGUCGACUCCCUCUCCUCUCCACUCCGCCCCACGAUCACCAAAGCCUGA